AUGUCUUCAAAGAUUAUAUACUUUUUGGCAGCGUUGCUAGCGAUCUUUUGCUUGCUGCAACAAAUUGAGCGCACUGCAGCCGCGAAUACACAGCAGAUUCGACGCGCUUUUGCGCAUGAAAGGCUUGCAGCACGUAAGCAAUUGCAGCAAAAUACCAGGAAUCAAUUGAAUACGAAUCAAUACAAUAACCAAGACAAUGAGGACGAUUUUGAUGAAAAUGAUGAUAGGGUGGCGGAAGAUGAUGGCGAUGCCAAUAGUGAAGACGACUUUGCUAAUUCGACUUUAAGGAACGAGAACGCGAAAAAUGCCGCACAGGCGCAGGAACAAAACGAAGUCGAGGCUACUGUACGUCAACUCACCAACUCCGUGGAAGGCGUCGAUAAUGGGGGACGUGCACGUCGCCGUAGAAGGCGUGGUAGAGGUCGUCGUCGUGGUCGUAGAGGUGGACGCAGACGUCGUCGUCGCAGAGGUGGACGCAGACGCAGACGUGGUUAG